CUAUUUGUUUUUAAAUUUCAGAAAUCAACUUACAGCAUUUCCAUGUCUGACUACUGGUAUUGGAGGUUGAUCCCGUGCAAAGAAACUGGAAGCUGCAACUGCUUUGCAACAACCAACCAGUCUAAUGAAGAGAAAGAAGAAGAUACAACCCAUCAGGUUGUGGUGUCAGAUAUCAUGCAGCUUGUUCGAGAUAGGCAGGAGAGGCCAGAGAGCACUGCAGAUGAAAUCAUGCAUCAGGAUAUCAUUCCCCUCUAUGCUGCAGAUAUUCAGGACCAGUUAAAGAAACAAUUUGCUUACCUGUCAGGUGGAAGAGGUGGAGAUGGAUGCCCUGUUAUCACCUUUCCUGACUAUCCAGCUUUCAGUGAGAUCCCAGAGAAGGAGUUCCAGAAUGUCCUGACCUACCUGACAAGCAUCCCAAGUUUGCGAGAUGCUGGAAUUGGAUUUAUUCUUGUCAUAGAUCGCAGACAGGACAAAUGGACCUCUGUGAAAGCUUCCAUACUGCGGAUAGCAGCAUCUUUCCCAGGAAACCUGCAGCUAGUUCUCGUUCUGCGCCCAACAGGAUUUUUUCAUCGAGCCCUCUCGGACAUCGCUUUCAGGUUCAACAAAGACGAGCUUAAAAUGAAAGUACCUGUCAUAAUGCUGGGCUCAGUAUCAGAACUGCAGGGUUACAUUGAUAAAACACAAUUAACAGAAGAUCUUGGUGGCACCCUGGAUUACUGCCACAGCAGAUGGCUGUCCCGUCGCACUGCUAUAGAAGGUUUCGCCCAAAAGGUUAAGCAAACAGCUCAGAUUCUUCAGUCCUUUGGGACUGAGCUGGCUGAAACAGAGCUACCAAACGAUGUGCAAUCAACCAGCUCUCUUAUUGCAACACACACAGAAAAGAAGGACAAAAUGAAGGAGGAUAUCAGGUUAGCAGUAGAACAGGGCGAUGAUAUCCUUGGAAGUAUUACAAAACCUGUUACUGUGAAUCCUGAAUACAAGCUGAAUCAAGAUCAGCUAGACAAUCAAACAACAGUAGAAAGGCUUCUGGCUCAAUUACAUGAAACUGAGACUGCCUUUGAUGAGUUUUGGAUCAAGCAUCAGCAAAAACUUGAGCAGUGUUUGCACCUUCGGAAUUUUGAACAGAAUUUUAGAGAGGUCAAAGCAGCUUUGGAUACCGUGUCCGAGAGACUGUAUGCUUUCACAGAUGUGGGAAACAGCCUUUCACAUGUGGAGCACAUUUUGAAAGAUCUUGCCAACUUUGAAGAAAAAUCAUCUGAAACUAUAGCAAAAGCCAGAAUGCUAGCCUCUGAGGGUGAUGAUUUUAUUCAAAGCAAUCAUUAUGCUGUGGACUCCAUUAUUCCAAAAUGCAGUGAACUUCAUCAUCUCUGUGACGCCCUCACUACUGAGACAGAACAGAGGAGGAAUCUUCUUAACAAGUCUCUAGAACUGCAUGGCUUACUAGAAAAGUCUAUGAAGUGGUGCGAUGAAGGAAUUUAUCUGCUGGCUUCGCAGCCAGUAGACAAAUGUCAGUCUCAGGAUGGUGCAGAAUCAGCAUUACAGGAGAUUGAGAAAUUCCUGGAUACUGGUGCAGGCAAUAAAAUCAAGGAAUUGAGUAAAAUUUACAGAGAAUAUGCACAUAUCCUCAACGAGGACCUAAAGGAACAUGUCCAAAAGGUUUUCCAGAAGCAAGAAAGUAUGGAAGAAAUGUUUCAAAAGAGACAAGUGAGUCUUAAGAAACUGGCAGCUAAGCAGACACGUCCUGUUCAGCCAGUUGCACCAAGACCUGAAGCCUUUGUAAAAUCUCCUUGCACCUCUCCAGGUCUUCAAAGAGACUACGGAUCCAACUCAGAAAGCAGUGCCAUUCGGAGGGUAAACUACAGAAAAGGAAAGAGUGAAAUGACUGAACUCCAUCAAAGCAGAGGAGGAUCUACAAUGGAUGAUGAAGAAAACCUAGCUGUGUUACGGCAACAUGUGAUUAAUGAACUUAUUGAAACCGAACGAGCAUAUGUGGAAGAACUUCUCUGCGUUCUUGAGGGGUAUGCUGCAGAGAUGGACAACCCCUUAAUGGCUCAUCUCAUUUCACCAGAACUCCAAAAUAAGAAAGACAUCUUAUUUGGAAAUAUGGAAGAAAUUUAUCACUUUCACAACAGAAUAUUCUUGAGAGAACUAGAAAACUACAUGGAAUACCCAGAAUUAGUAGGACGGUGCUUUCUGGAUCAGAUGGAAGAUUUCCAGAUUUAUGAAAGAUACUGUCAAAAUAAACCUCGAUCUGAAAGUUUGUGGAGGCAAUUUUCAGAUUCUGCAUUCUUUCAGGAAUGUCAAAGAAAACUUGAUCACAAGCUCAGUUUGGACUCAUACUUACUGAAACCUGUUCAAAGAAUAACCAAAUACCAAUUAUUGCUAAAGGAAAUGCUCAAGUACAGUAAAAACUGUGAAGGUGCUGAAGAUCUUCAGGAGGCAUUAACUUCUAUACUGGGUAUUCUCAAAGCAGUUAAUGAUUCCAUGCACCAGAUAGCCAUUACAGGCUAUGAUGGAAACCUGAACGAGCUGGGCAAGCUUUUAAUGCAGGGAUCCUUCAAUGUCUGGAUUGAUCAUAAAAAGGGUCACUCGAAGGUGAAGGAUCUGGCACGUUUCAAGCCGAUGCAGCGACACCUCUUCCUCCAUGAGAAAGCUGUGCUGUUCUGUAAAAAGCGAGAGGAAAACGGAGAGGGAUAUGAGAAAGCACCUUCUUACAGCUACAAACACUCCUUAAAUAUGGCAGCAGUUGGAAUAACAGAAAAUGUCAAAGGUGAUGCAAAAAAAUUUGAAAUCUGGUAUAAUGCAAGGGAAGAAGUUUACAUCAUACAGGCACCAACCCCUGAAGUUAAAGCUACUUGGGUAAAUGAAAUAAGAAAAGUACUGACAAGUCAACUGCAGGCAUGCAGAGAAGCUAGUCAGCACAGAACACUAGAACAUACACAAAGUUUACCUCUACCAGCAUCAUCUUGUACAAGUCCUUCACGGAACCACAUCAGAAACACCAAAAAAAUGGAAGAGAAAAAAGCUGAUCUCCCAAGUCUAGAAGGUUAUGGCACCACAGUAGCACCAAAGUUCCCAGAGAAAGGCAAAGAUGACACUAGCUCUACCUCAGAAUGCUCUGUACUGUCAAAAAAGCGCUUUACACUGCAGGGUUUUACUAACCUCAAAAGUCAGAAAGCUUCUCCUACCAGUCCUGACAAAAAAGCUAAACGGCAUGAAGUAGUGAGUGACCCAACUCCUUUUGGUUUAAGAGGUUGGGCUAAAACCUCUCAUUCUCUUGAUGCGUCUGAAGAAAAUGACGGCUGGUCUAGUGCUGAAGAUCCGCUGAAUUCAUCGGAUGCGGAGGAAGAAGGAGGAGGAGGGGGAGGCGAGAUGAAGCUGACUCCUGGUAAAUAUACAGUUGUGACUGAUUAUGAAAAAGGAGUUUCUGAAGAAUUUACAGUGAAAAGUGGAGAUCUGGUUCAACUGAUUCGUGAAGGGGAGGAUGGACUUUGGUAUGUAAAGAACCUGAGCACUGGCAGAGAAGGUUGGAUCCCAGCAAACAAUCUGCUGAUGCUCAUCGGCAAUUCAAAAUCAGCUCAAUCUUUAAGUAGCUCUGAAUCAGGCACUGCCUCCAGCACUUUGAGCACAUCAUCAAGUUGCAGUGAUAGCUGCAAUGUCAGCAGCACCAGCUUCUCGGACAUUAAGGGCUAA